GUGGUAAGGGUACACCACGUCGCAAAGUUAAAAAAGUUUAUAAGACUGCUACAAACGAUGACAAGAAGCUCCAAUCCACACUCAAGAAACUCGGUGUCCAACCCAUUUCAUCUAUCGAAGAAGUGAAUAUGUUUAAGGAAGAUGGCAACGUCAUUCAUUUUACUGCUCCAAAAGUACAAGCAUCAAUCCAUUCGAAUACUUUUGCAAUCUACGGCCAAGGCGAUGAUAAAGAACUCACCGAACUUGUACCGGGUAUUUUGAAUCAAUUGGGUCCUGACUCACUUGCGUCCCUUCGUAAGUUGGCGGAAUCUUAUCAGCAGAAUAGUAUUUCUUCUCAAGGGGUUCAAGCAGAUACUGGUGCUGAUGAUGAUGAUAUUCCAGAAUUGGUUGAAAAUUUUGAAGCUACUAGUGAAAAACAAGAUGAAGAAGAAGCUACUGCAUCUUCAUCUGAUGCAAAGAUUGUUGAUAUGGAUUGA